AUGGGACUCUAUGCAGAAUUUACGCUUUUUAAUUUGAAGCAUUUGGCAGAUCGGAUCAGAAAAAUUCAACAAGCUUCUUCACAAUCAGAAGAUCAGACCAAUGAUAAAAAACUAGAGCAAGUUUUGGAGCAAAUUUUCUCCGAUCAAGAAGAAGAACAAGAUCAAAUCAAUAAGAGAAUUAAAAAGAAGUACAUUCCGUAUGAUGCGAGUAAGAGAAAAUACAAGGCUUUGGAUUUUAUAGAGGAGGGUAAGAUUACGGAUUGGAAACAUUUGCUCGAUAAUUUAAAGCCUUGUUUUCAUGUUGCAACUCUUAAUUUUAAUGCUUUUGAUUUGUUUGUUGAAUUUGCGAAUGAGUUGGAUUUGGAUGAGUGUUGGUCGAAUGAAGAAGAGUUUGAGGGUUUGAUUUGUGGUCAUACCAUAUUUAAGAGUGAUAUGCAAGAGGAGCUGAAUAGUAAAUAUUUGAAGAAGGAUUCGAAUGGAAAGUACGAAGAUUUGAAUAGUGAGGGAAUUGAAAGAAUGAAGAAAUUAUUUAGAGAGGAACCUUAUUUUAGUUUAUUGUCGGUGGCUACUCAACAUAAUUCUAGAAUGGAUGGCGAUGUUAGUAUUACUUUCAUUCAUCCGAAUCGAUUGAGAGAGUUGAGUGAACAUUUUCAACAUUCAACUCAAAUUCCAAGGUCUAUAUUGGUUAAAAAUUAUCAGAAUGCAUACGAUGAAUAUUUGAAUACUCCUGAAAAGAAAAAGUCCAAACAAGAAGAGAAAAAAGCAAAGAUGACCAUUGAGGAAUUUAUAUCUUCUAAAAUGGAUAUUGACACGUUUGAUGACAUGCUUCAAUAUUACAAUAAUCCAAAGUUUGUAUUUUCUUUAAUUGAUAGACCAGUAAUGGAUAAAGGUCCCAUUCAAAGAAUUUGGAAUGAGGAGCUACACACUGAUUAUUGGAUUUCAAUUAUGGAAAUAAUUGGAGAUCCAUUCACAUUAGCAAGAUUAGGAAUGACAUGUACAAAACUCUACGAGUUGUUUCAAAAGAAAAAGGAUCAACUCUUCAAUAGUGAAUAUCUAAAGAAGGAUAUCGGAUUCUUUGUGUAUUUUGGAUAA